AUGUAGAUGGCGGUAAUGUUUGUUGUGUGUGCUGUGUGGGAGGCACCAAGGGAGGCACGGGAGGAGGCCAUUGCACUUGAUCAAGCACUUGAUUGCUUGCAAAAGCGAGACCUUUGGCUUGCCCGGGCUGUAUUUACGUUUAGUAAUUUAAAUGCCAUAAUGCUUUAAAUGCUUGAAGCUGCAGACACAGCCAUUCCUCGGUACGUACCAUCCCAUGCCAAAGGAGUCUGAAGUUGCAAAGCCGGCAGCCGCGGAACUCUAAACGCUCUCCUGUGGUGGAGUGUACCGGCUGCACCUGACGCUGAACGAUGCUGUGUACGUACGUGGUGCGACGGUGGCUGCGUCUCUCCACCGCGAGACAUGUGGUCAAACUCACUCCGCAACAGGUGACCAACAUCCUGCAGACGAACGAGCACACGCACGGCGUGAGCCAGUCGGGCGUGGUGGGCCACUAUGACACCAACCAGCUGCCUUCAAACAGUCCGUGCGAGGACCAGCGGUCCGAGGCUGUCUGCCGGUACACGGGAGACCACCUACUCGGCGUGUACGACGGUCAUGGCGGCGGCGCGUGCGCCGUGGUCACCGCUUCCCGUCUGCCGUCCUAUAUCGCCGCCUCGCUGCUCGGCCAGGACCAGCUGAUGGAACACCUGGAACGGCUCGAGGUGGGCAGCGACACCCAGCACUCGCUGCUGGAGCGGUGUAACGCCAUCUCCGUCAAUAAUGCACAGCUGGAGGAGGUGCAUGAAAAGAGCUACGCCAGUUUCGUGCGGGACCUGGCAGAGUCGGAGCCGGCACAGGACAUCGGCCACGGCCUCCAGCGAGCGUUUCUCCGGCUCGACGAGGACAUCGGCCGCGAGGCGGUCGACGCGGUCGAGUCGAGCUCGCCGGUGGCCGUGGCGGCGCUGCGUGCCGCCUCCUCUGGGUGUGUGGCCUGUGUGGCUCACCUGGCCCAGAGUCGACUCUACCUGGCCAACACCGGAGACUGUCGGGCUGUGCUGGGCGUGUUGAACGAGAACGGACACUGGGUGGCGCGGCCGCUCACCAAGGAACACGACUGCGACAACCCGGACGAGGUGCAGCGCAUCACCGAGCGUCACCCGAGCAGCGAGCACCACCAUCUCCUCAAGGACAGCCGACUGCUCGGCAUGCUGGCGCCGCUCCGAGCGAUCGGCGACUACCGCUUCAAGUGGCCGAUAGACCUGCAGGAGCGUAUUGUGCCCGGCGGGCCGUUCCCGGAGCUGAAGACUCCGCCCUACCUGACGGCAGCUCCCGAGAUCACCUAUCACAAACUAACCCCUAGAGAUCGGUUUCUGAUCAUGGCCUCCGACGGUCUCUGGGAGCAGCUGCCCGCCAGCGAGGUAGUCCGACUCGUCGGCGAGCACGCGCACGGAAAGACAACGCUAACUCCUCUGAGACUACCGCGGCGUGACCACACUCUCAAUCAGCUUCUUGAAAUGCUAGAGGCGCGGCGGAAAGGCAUCGGCACCAAACCUCAGGACGCUAACGCGGCGACCCACGUGCUGCGGCACGCUCUGAGCGGCACGGAGUACGGACUGAACCACGGGCGGAUCUCGCAGCUACUGACCCUGCCCGAGGAGGUGGUGCGCCUGUUCAGAGACGAUAUCACCAUCACGGUAGUCAUGUUCAACCCAGAUGCGCUGAGACCCAACUGAUCGAGCACGACUGGCUCGGAUUCUCGCUGAAGCUUAUACGAGCAGGCAACACGGGUAGCCGUAUUGCUUCCUGUUUGCAAGGCUUUGAGAACACCUCGGGACGUUACGAUGAUGUGAAAGUAAUGUACGGAUGCUUGGCUUUUCUGCUUUGCGUCCGAAAGCUUGCCGUGUCAACUGUUUUAAGUUAUGGACAUUGAAUGUAGGAGUAUUACAAUAAACGCAAGUAAGUCAA